AGAAGACUUAUAAAAGCGAACAGAACAAAAGGUACUAAACAGAGCUUUCUUCUUUCCUUUCCUUUCCUUUCUUCAGCACAUAACAAAUUCACCAUUCAAUCAAUACAUACAUACAAACAAAUAAAAAAAUAAAAAAUAAAAAAAACUGCAAUGCUUUUCCCAACAUUUCUUUCUCUUCCACUUCUUCUUUCUCGCCUCCCAAACAUCUAACUCCCAAACCCCAAAAGGCCAAAACCUCCCUCAUUCAAGUCAAUAACAACAACUCCUCUCUCUCUCUCUCUCUCUCUAGAAUCCGAAUUUGAGAAUUUGAGGGAGGAAAAAAAAAAGAUGCAGCCUUGUAGCAGAGAAAUGCAAGGGAUGAGCUCGCUAUUAAACGCAUCGUCGUCUCAAAUCUCUCUCGAAGACCUUCAACAACAACAGUCUCAGUCGUCGUCGUCUAUCCAAGGCUCUCAGAUUCACCAGAUUCACGCUUCCCACUAUGAGCCCCCUCCUUCCCACGACGACUUCCUCGAGCAAAUGCUCUCUACUCUGGGCCCGCCUUCCUGGGCCGACCUCGGCGGCCAACCGGGGAAGGUCCCAUGGGACACCACCACCACCGUUCCCGACGGCAACGGCCCAAACAACAAGCCCAGAGACGACGAAACGCCGGACAACGUCCCGGCUUUCCCCUUUGACGAGUCCGCUAACUUGGCCUCCAAGUUUCGCAACCACCAGAUCAGCGGCGGCUGCGGCUCAAAAUCAGCUGCUGCUGCGGCAGCGGCCAUGAUGCUCCAGCAUCAGCUCAUGCUGGCUCGCGGAGGUGGCGCAGCCGGCGCCGGAGAAACCGGUCUUGUUCCGAUGCCGUUGUCUCUCAGUAACGGCGAGUUUGACCGGUCUCAAAACGACGUCGUUGAUGGCUCUUCGUCGUUUAAAUCUCCGACUUCUGGAUGUGACGCUGCGGUUCAAGCACUGUACAAUGGAUUCGGCGCUGGAUCUUUGGCCGGCGCUGGUCAGGCGCCGAACCAGUUUCACCAUCCUCAGGGAGGUUCGAUGGCGGCGCAACAGAACUACGGAGCUUCGGGGCCGGCGAUGAACCAGACACAGGCGCCGAGCGGUUCGUCUGGAGCUCAACCGGCUCAGCCCAGACCUAGGGUUAGGGCUCGGCGAGGCCAAGCCACCGAUCCGCACAGUAUCGCUGAAAGAUUACGGAGAGAGAGAAUCGCAGAGAGAAUGAAAGCUCUGCAAGAGCUGGUUCCCAAUGCCAACAAGACAGAUAAAGCUUCAAUGCUUGAUGAGAUCAUCGACUAUGUGAAAUUCCUACAACUGCAAGUCAAGGUUCUGAGUAUGAGCAGGUUGGGCGGUGCAGCUGCUGUUGCUCCUCUUGUUGCUGAUAUGUCCCCCGAGGGAAACGGUGGUGACUGCAUCCAGGCCAACUCUAACGGUGGGACCCACGGGAGAACCUCAAACGGCAACACCAACAACAACCAAACAGCGUCGUCCAACGACACCAUGACGGUGACGGAGCACCAAGUCGCCAAGCUCAUGGAAGAGGACAUGGGCUCCGCCAUGCAGUAUCUCCAAGGCAAAGGCCUCUGCCUCAUGCCCAUCUCACUCGCCACCGCCAUCUCCACCGCCACGUGUCACACCAGGAACCCCAUGAUCAACAACAACCAUCACCACCCUCCCAUCGGAUCCAACGGCGAGGGACCCUCCUCACCCAGCAUGUCCGUCCUCACCGUCCAGUCCGCCACGACCGGUAACGGCGCUGCGGCUGCUGACGGUUCCGUUAAGGAUGCUGCCUCCGUCUCCCAGCCGUGGUAACGGGG